UACCAAACCUUCGUCACAGCAGUCGAUACCCAGCCCAAGACCUCAACACCCAACCACACCCUCGCACCGCUCUACCAUAAAUUUGUCGGUCGCACACUUCAGACGCCGACUAAAGCGCAAACAUGGCCACCAAGACUUCCAACGGUGGGUCUGGGGGGGCACAGGCACUACAAACACCCCAGGUUCAGCCUUGCAGAUACAAGACGGGCAAGACUCUGGGUGCGGGCAGUUACUCGGUCGUCAAGGAGUGUGUGCACAUCGAUACAGGGCGAUACUAUGCCGCAAAGGUCAUCAACAAGAGGCUUAUGGCUGGCCGAGAACAUAUGGUCAGGAACGAGAUUGCAGUAUUGAAGAGAGUUUCCAUGGGUCACAGAAACAUCCUCACGCUCGUCGACUACUUUGAGACGAUGAACAACCUCUAUUUGGUCACCGACCUUGCGCUUGGAGGCGAGCUCUUCGACCGCAUCUGUCGUAAGGGGAACUACUACGAAUCCGAUGCCGGCGACCUGAUCAGGGCUACUCUAUCGGCAGUCGCAUAUCUCCACGACCACGGUAUCGUGCACCGAGAUUUGAAGCCAGAGAACUUGCUGUUCCGAACACCAGAGGACAAUGCUGAUUUGCUUAUCGCCGAUUUUGGACUUUCUCGAAUCAUGGACGAGGAGCAAUUUCACGUCCUCACAACAACCUGCGGUACGCCAGGCUACAUGGCGCCUGAGAUUUUCAGAAAGACAGGUCAUGGCAAGCCAGUCGACAUUUGGGCCAUUGGUGUUAUUACGUAUUUCCUCCUCUGUGGCUACACCCCCUUCGACCGCGACUCGAACCUUGAAGAGAUGCAGGCCAUCUUGGUUGCCGACUAUUCUUUUACCCCUCUGGAAUACUGGCGAGGCGUCUCACUUACGGCGCGCGAGUUUAUUCGUCGUUGCUUGACCGUCGAUCCUGCAGCGCGCAUGACCGCUCACGAGGCUCUCUCCCAUCCCUGGAUCACUGAGCUCGGCAAGAACAAUGCUGAUGGCGAAGAGGAUCUGCUGCCAACUGUCAAGAAGAACUUUAAUGCUAGGCGCACGCUUCACGCUGCUAUUGACACGAUCCGCGCUAUCAACCAACUCCGAGCUGGUGGCGCUGCGGGUAUGAUGGACGGUCAGCGAUCAGCGGAACCCCGACGAGGGGCGCCCCACGCGCGUAUUCCCCAACCGGCAGAGGAGCCCGACGACCCGAUGGAGAUUGACAGCAGGGGAAAUGGCCACGGUCAGACCGAAGAGAUGAUCCAGGAACAAGAGCGGAGAAUCAGGGAGACACAGCAGGGAUUGUGGGGAAAGCGCUGAUCUUUUAGUCAUUGCGUUCAAGGUCGAUUACCUUUUUGUUUUUCAGUACACAAUCCAGAAGCGAUUUCUAUUUGAUUUUUUUUCAUGUAGAUGUUGUUUGGCUACACAUCAUGCUUGAAUAGACGGCGACUUCAAUUUGAGUUUGGUAUGAUAUCGUAUGAGCAUAUUGCUCGACAUAGCCUUGUAUAGUCACGUGGUAGCGUAC